AUGCGAUCGCGCAUUCGAACGAUCGCCCUCAAGUGGGUCAUAGAACGAUCGCUUUGUGUUGUGAUUCGAGUUUCGAUUAAAUCUGGCAGCAACGUUCCAGACUUCAGCGCGACGUUCCUGACGUUCGAUUUCAAUGCCGAUCUGAAUACAUUGUUCAACUGGAGUGUGAAGCAGCUAUUUCUGUAUCUGGCGAUCGAAUACCAGACGGAACUGAACGAGCUCAAUCAGGUGGACAAAGUCAUCCUGCGAAGCGAAAACGGUCUGCUGGACUUCAAGAACAUGAUCAACAAGUACUACUUCUGGGACGAUGGCAAUGGUUUGAAGGGGCACCAGAACGUGACGACGACCCUUUCCUAGAACAUCGUUCCAAAUGCAAGACUGCUUCCGAAUGUUUUUGCUCGCAGACAUCAUUCGCUCAAUUUCUCGGAAACCUACAAGCCGCCGCCUGU